AUCCUAACGAGAAGCUUUUAUAACCACACAGUUGUUACUUUAUGAAUGUACCAAGUCUACUAUUAACACUUCAAUUCCUUCAAGAAUAAGCUGAAGAAAAUUGGAUACAAAGGGAUUGAUGACUUUGGUUUUAUCUGGUUUUUAAAAUCAACCUUCUCUCUUGUUAUGAAAUGUUAGGCAAGUGCACAAAUAGCCAAAGUCUGAGACCACUAUUUAAGUUAUAGCCAUCAUGCGUAAAAAGUAAAAAUUAAUAAGUUCAGCAGAAUGGACUUCACAUAUGAAGUUAGACUUUAGCAAAUCUAACUUGUCCAAGUAAACUUCAGAUAUUUUUAUCUCAAGUCCAAUCUCAAAUUUUAAAUAUUUUUUAUCUUAAAUUUAGCUUGACAAUCUCAAACUAGUGCGAUCAUACCAGUAACUGAAUCUAGAUGGUUUGCUAAAAUAAUAAAAUCAUCAAUGCAUAAAACUUAAAACUCCUUCAAAUCACGUACAUUUGGCACUAGGCUCCAAAUCAAUAUGUAGCUUCCAUAAUUAAUGACUUAGUGUUCUUUUAAUUAAUUAAAGGAAACCUCACAUUCAGUGAAAUAUAAUAAGUGAAAAGGCUUUCUUACUCGCAAAUAACAAGUAUGAUGCAGCUUUCGGUGCGCCACAAAAUUACCAUUUUUUCCCUUCUCAAUUUUAAUGCUUGUUAUUAGUGUCGUAAUCACUGGUUACUGAUGAGCCGAAGGUCUUUCGGAAACAGCCUCCCUGUUUUCCGAGAUAGGAGUAUGGUCUGCGUACACUUUACCCUCCCUAGACCUCACAUUGUGGGAUUUCACUGGGUAUAUUGUUGUUGUUGUAAUCAGGUUACUGAUAUUUUAUGUGUCAAAUCAAUUAUUUUUGCUUAAAAAUAAAAAUUUAUACGUGUCAAAUCAUCAGUGUACAAGAUAACAAAUCAAUACACAUCAUCUAUAUACAUACCAUUUAACAAUAGAAUUAAAAAAUUAAUUAGAAACUUUGAAAAGCUACGUUUUCCUUAGUUAAUUAGUACUCCUAUUUAUUACUACUAGUUAUGGCUGACGAUGACACUGUGCUAAUGAUUGACAGUUUGGUCAACGUGCUUUCGAAGUAUGAUCACACAAAGUACUAUUAUGUUGGGAUGAAUUCAGAGUGCAUUGUGAGUAAUUUUGGGAUGAUAUUUCAAAUGGCGCUUGGUGGUGCUGGUUAUGCUUUGAGUUAUCCUUUAGCACAAGCUGUGGCUGAGAACAUGGAUACAUGUAUAAAGAGGCAUCCAACUUUGUAUGGAAGUGACCACAUUUUACAAGCAUGGAUAGCUGAUUUAGCAGUCACCAUUACGCUAGAAAAGGGGUUUCAUCAGAUUGACUUGCGAGGCGACAUAUCCAGCUUUUUAUCGGCUCAUCCUCAAUCACCAUUCCUAUCACUCCAUCACCUUGACCUAGUAGCUCCAAUUUUCCCUUCAAUGAACCGUUACGACGUCGUUAACCAUAUAAUGAAAGCAGCAAGUGUCACUACUAAAAAAAUGCUGAAAAGCGACCUACAAAAAUCGACCUCAAUGAGGUCGGAAAAAAAGCGACCUCAUGAGAUGGCUGGUCGGGCAUUACUGCAAGCUGGUCCGCCUGGUACGGGGAAGACAGCUCUUGCCAUAUCACAAGAUGUUGGAAGCAAAGCUGUUGGUGAUGUCGUUUACAUUGAAGGAAACAGUGGAGCCGUUAAAAGAGUGGGCAGGAGUGAUGCUUUUGCCACAUAAUUUGAUCUCGAGGCAGAGAAGUAUGUUCCACUUCCUAAAGGAGAGGUUCACAAAAAAAAGGAAAUAGUCCAGGAUGUUACAUUGUAUGAUCUUGAUUCUGCGAAUGCAUGGCCACAAGGAGGACAAGAUAUAUUGUCCCUUAUGGGUCAAAUGAUGAAAUCUAGGAAAACUGAGAUUACUGACAAGUUACGGCAAGAGAUAAACAAGGUACUUUUGAUUCAUUGGUGCUAUUAGUCCUCAGGAUGAGUAAGUUCAAACUCAUGCAUGUUUAUUACUGGCCAAUUGGCUAUUCUGGAUAUUUUCAUUUAGUGUCUAUUUUAACACAAUGGUUAUUAUGGGCUUAUUUCACUGCGGUUUGUAAAUCGUUAUGUUGACAAAGGUGUUGCAGAGCUUGUUCCAGGUGUCUUAUUUAUAGAUGAGGUUCAUAUGCUUGAUAUGGAAUGCUUUUCAUACUUGAAUCGUGCCUCGGAGAGUUCACUGUCUCCGAUUGUGAUUUUUGCCACUAACAGAGGCAUUUGUACUGUCAGAAUCAAUUUCAACAAUCACCGGAGGAGUUACGCCGUAGUCUGCUACCUGGCGGCUGGCACAAAGCUUACAGCAAAAGGAUGAAUUGUGGAUUGUGACUGUUGGUGGCGCCACUAGGUUUGGCACAGCUUACGCCACAAGAACACCAUCUUGUAGAUGAACCCACUAGUGGUGAUGAUGAUGGGGAGCACAUGUCAAACACACAAUGACAUGGUUGGAUUUUAAAGUAUUUUACUAACUUAUGAAAUUUUUGGUGGAUUUGUAAAAAUGCAAGUGGUUGGUGGAUGUUUUUGAAUGUUGAAGUACUUUAAUUUGUAGACUAACUUAAUGUAGACUAGUUUAAUGUUUUGUGGAUGUUUGAAAAGGUUGAAGUAGUUUAAUGUCUUUUGUGAAUGUUUGAAUUACGUUUUGAUUCAACUUUGAAGUAGUUUCGAGUUGAAUUUGAUGUAGUGCGGGAUGUAGCAUGUUUUUAUAGUAUGUGUUUGUGGAUUGUUGGCA